AUGCCGUAUGAUACCAAGGAAGAGAUUCUGGCCCUCGGGGUCAUUGACCCUGAACUGAAAGCUCUGCUCGAAACCAAUCCCCCUCCUCCCAUGACAUUCACCACCAUGCAGGCUCUCCGAGAAGACGUCAAAACACGGACUCUACAGGCGAUUGACGCGCUCGGUCCACCGCCGCCUUCUGUCAAGCAAUCCGACAUCAGCUACAGGACUGCGGAUGGGACUGAGUUGCGCGCCCGACUCUACCAGCCCACCUCGCCGUCGGAUGACGGCAGUCCGUUGAUUGUAAUGUUUCACGGGGGUGGUUUCUGUCUGGGCAUCCCCGAGGCCGAAGAAAAGGCGUGUCGAGAGUUCGUACAGGCGUUCAACGCUGGGCCCAAGGAUGCGUGGGACGCUCUCAAAUGGGCCGCGGAAAGCGCUUCGUCCUGGGGCGCCGAUCCGGCUAAGGGCUUCAUCGUCGGAGGGUCGUCUGCUGGCGGUAACCUGGCCUGUGUCGUGACGCACUUGGCCCGCGAUGAAGGCCUGAGUCCACCUCUGACGGGACACUACCUGUGCAUCGCAGGAUUGGUUCCCCCGUCACGCAUGCCGGAUAAGUACAAGAAGUGGGCGUACAGUUACGAGCAAAACAAGUCAGAUCCGAUCAACGGGCAGGCCGUGAUUGAUAUCUUCAACGCGGCAUAUAAGCCCGAUCUUGACGAUGGCAUCUACAACGGCCCUCUGAUACACCCCCAAGGCCACGCAGGCCUGCCACCCGCGUUCCUGCAGGUCAACGGGUCAGACACCUUGCGUGACGACUCGCUGAUAUACGAACGGAUAUUGCGGGAAGAGCAUGGGAUCAAGACGAAGCUGGUCGUCUACCCGGGUCUCCCUCACGCCCACUGGGCUUUCUUCCCUUCUCUGAAAGCCAGUGCACAGUUUUGGGCGGACCAGUUAGAAGGGAUGGGAUGGCUAUUGGGGAAGACCCCUGCCCCGGCCAAGAUCUGA